AGGUGAAUUUCGAAAUCCAGCUGCUUAAUAAAGCUGAACGAGAAGACCAGGCUGAUUUGAGCUUCCUGGUUUCUUCAGGCGAAGUGAUCUUCCUCAUCCAGGUAAGACAAACCUGUUCUCAAGGCGUUCAUCAAAGAAACACUGGAGAUUGAUCAGAGGCUCAUCCACAAUGAUGUUAUUAUUGGCUCUUCUACUGCUGGCCUGGUCUGCCUUUGCAAAAGCACAACCUGCAGCCGUCGGCUGCUGCAUCACCAAAGCCAAGGAAGACCUCCAGGGCCUGCUUAGGAAAUGGGAAACGGGGUCUACCUGCCAGCCCUCCCAGCCAGGCCAACCCCAGAAGCCGUACCAGAGCUGCAAGGAAAUCAAAGCUACCAUGCCAGAGGCUCCAGAUGGACUGUAUAUCCUGACCAAUGAAAAUGGUGAGAUCUACCAGAUCAACUGCAACAUGACCACCAACAGAGGCAGCCAGUGGCCAGCGUCCAUGAGAACAACAUCUUCGGGAAAUGCACCACAGGCGAUCGCUGAUCCAGCCAACAAGGAAGCAAUGCCAACUUCCCCUACGGAGAUGGAAACUGGUCCAACAAUAACACCUUUGGGACAGCCAUAGCAGCCACGAGCAAUGACU